AUGGCUUUUAACGCAAGUUUCAACAAGCCAUAUUUCAAUAAUACUAUUGUGAGCUUGAGACCCUUCCAAAUUGGUCGAUUGACACUUUUUGGUCGAUUGACACUUUUUGGUCGAUUGACACUUUGGUCGAUUGACACUUCACUCCUUUUGAGAAGGCUGGUGAGAAAACAAACAAAGAAGCCUAUUGCCUAUCGUAAGAGGCUGGCUACAAGGAAGGAUUGUAUCAAAGAAGCAAAAAAGAAGAAGAUCUCGAUGGUUCCUACAUGUGGUCUACAUAUUUGUGGCGCCACUCGAUCCUUAUUUAUACUGGUUGCAGAGAAUAGGAUGCUGACAAUCGACACAGUCUGGAACCAUUCUUGGAUAAAUCAUCAAGCUCCUAGGAAUGAUUCAUUCUGCUCCUUAGUUCUGCCAUAUUUUCAUAACUGGAUAAAUCCGUUCAUCCAGAAUCCAAAAGUAUUAAACAGGAUCAGAGAUCAUGUGAUUCGUACUUGA